UGAAUUCAGCUCUCAGCCGAGCCGCGCGGACCUUCCGAGGCUGUCCGGGUCUUCGCCGACCACCGAGCGGCCUCUGUGGCGGAGGGGCGGCCAGGGAUACCAGCUCCAGCUAACCACUGGCUUCGGGGACACCGACUCGCCCGUUUAACUGUGGGCUGAGAGACGGGAGGACCGAGCCAUGUCUGCGCCGRGUUACACCAACCACAGCAACUCCGCCGGCUACAGCCAGAACUCAACACCGAACGCAGGAGCUGCGCCUCCCCGUCAGAAUGGUCCGCUGCAGACCUACCCACCUGUGUACCCACCUGCAGGCUACUACGGCGCUCCUCCUCCACGUCAGAACUACCCCAACAUUUCUGCCCCGGGCAAAGCGCCGGUCACAAGCAGCGCCAGCUACUACCAGAACCACCAGCAGCGUCAUGUAGCUCCGCCUUCGUACGGCGCCGGCGCGCCGCCUCAACCGUACGCCACCGUCCCGUCUUCAGCCCCGCCUCCUUCAAACGCCCAGUACAGCCAGCCGCAGCAGCAGCCCCCCUACGCUCCUCCGGGGUCUUACUACGCUCAGCAGUCGUACCUGUCUUCUUCAGCGCAGCUUCAUCAUCAUCAUCAUCAUCAUCAUCAGCCUAGUUUGGUCUCGGCCCCGGCGAGCGUCCCCGGAGCGCCCGUCUACCCUGUCGCCUCCUACCCUUCUGCUCCAGGAAGUUCCCAGUAUGGGACCCUCAGCACCUCCCAGACCUCCACCACACCUCAGGCUCCGCCCACCCAGAUGGGAGCGCCAUUACAUCACUACCCGGCGCCGCCUCCUACGUCAGCGCUGCAGCCUGGGUACGAUGUGGCGGCUCACGCUCCGCUGACGGCGGUGAACGGGAAAGGAAGCACAGCGGCGGUCCAGACCAACAGCCACCAGCACUACGACCAAAGCCCCGCCCCUUACAGCUACAACUCCUACAGCGGGGCGACACGAGGCGGGGGCGGUGCGGACCGACCUCCCUCAGGAACCCCCAACGCUUCAGUCCACUCGUCCCCGGGUCACCCCUCAGGCCUGCAGUAUGGAUAUGUUGCUAAUAGUGGAGCUAGCUCCGCCUCUGCCGCUACCUCGGGCCCAGCUGGAGCCCUGUCUUCAUCCGGCUCUGAGGAUGAGGAGGACGAUGAGGAGGAGGAGGAUGAGGAAGCAGGCGGCGACACGUCGUCCUCCAGCACCGGCAGCGCCUCUCCGGUUCCAAACAACUAUGAUUCCCUCGAAGGCGGCAGCUUUCCAGAUUCCAUGCCUCCUUCGAACGAUGCGACCAAUCAGGGUCAACCUUACGGUAGCUAUGGUUACCAGAACCUGCAGCCCACCUAUCAGCAGGGACCGACCCAACACACUGACGGGCCCCCGUCUCAGAACCUCUACGGCCAGCCGGGUUAUCAGCAGUACCCUCAGGUGGGACCGCAGCCGUUCCCCAGCCUCUCCCAGCUGUCUGCAGCCCUGGGGGGUCUCAGCGGGGUCCCGGAGCUGGAGGUGGAGGCCCUGAGRCCGGUCAACCUGCUGCAGGAGAGGAACCUGCUGCCCCCGAGGCCCUCGGAGGGCCCAGAACCCAACAUCAGCCCCGACCUGAAGAAGGUCAACUGCAGCCCGCAGACCUUCAGGUGCACCCUGACCAGCAUUCCACAAACCCAGGCUUUACUCAACAAGGCCAGGCUCCCCCUGGGGCUCCUGCUGCACCCCUUCAGAGACCUGCAGCAGCUGCCGGUCAUCACCUCCAACACCAUCGUCCGCUGCCGCUCCUGCCGCACCUACAUCAACCCGUUYGUCACCUUUCUGGACCAGCGCCGGUGGAAGUGCAACCUCUGCUAUCGGGUCAACGACGUACCAGAUGAGUUUAUGUACAACCCAGUGACGAGGUCUUACGGGGAGCCACACAAGAGGCCCGAGGUCCAGAACUCCACGGUGGAGUUCAUCGCCUCCUCGGACUACAUGAUGUCUUUAUUCCGUCUCACGACAGUUUGAUGGUGAACCUAAAGGAGAGCCACGAGCUGGUGAAAGAGCUGCUGACGUCACUUCCUGCCAUGUUCAGUCAGAGYAGAGAGACGCACAGCGCCCUGGGUCCGGCCUUACAGGCAGCCUUCAAGCUCAUGUCGCCCACCGGCGGCCGCGUCACCGUUUUCCAGWCUCAGCUGCCGACGCUGGGCGCCGGGAAGCUGCAGUCGAGAGAAGACCCCAACCAGCGCUCCAGCACCAAGAGCGUGCAGCACCUCGGCCCUGCGACAGAUUUUUAUAAGAAACUGGCUCUGGACUGCUCGGGACAGCAGAUCGGAGUGGAUCUGUUUCUCCUCAGCUCGCAGUACGCCGACCUGGCUUCGCUCGCCUGCAUGUCCAAGUACUCAGCAGGAAGUGUCUUCUACUACCCGUCCUUCCAUCACGCCCACAACCCGGCCCAGCUGGAGAAGUUCCAGAAGGAUCUGGAGCGCUACCUCAGCAGGAAGAUCGGCUUCGAGGCCGUCAUGAGAAUACGAUGCACUAAAGGAUUGUCCAUCCACACGUUCCACGGGAACUUCUUCGUGCGCUCCACGGACCUGCUGUCUCUGGCCAACGUGAACCCAGACUCUGCCUUCGCCGUCCAGAUGUCCAUCGAGGACUCUCUGGCGGACUCGUCUCUGGCCUGUUUCCAGGCGGCUCUGCUCUACACGUCCAGUAAAG